AUGUAUCGCUUUUCUUAUAAAGUUAAUCAACGACGUCUUAGUCGAAAAUUAAAACGUCAAUCGGUUGGUCACAUAAUUGUUUCUGAUAAUGACUCUUCUGAUGAGAACUAUGUUGGUGAUAAUGGUGAACAACGUGAGCUUCAUUCAUUUGAAGAAACAUCCUUCUUAGCAGUUAACAUUCAUGAUAUUUCAUUUUCAUCACGUAUUAAUAAUGUGGAUGAUGAGAUUAAUUGGGAAAGUGAUGAAGAAUACGAAGGUGAUCAACGACCGCUUUAUAAUGGUUCUUCAAUCACAGUCAUUAAUGCUGUUCAUCAAAUUACUAACUUUUAUUUGAAUAAUAAUUUGGACAAGCAAAAAGUGAAUAGUUUACUUCGUUUAAUAAAACAUUUAUUACCAAAACCAAACUUAUUACCAUCAACAUUAAAACGUAUAAAGAAAUUCUUAAAUCAUGUACCACCAACAUCUACUAAAUUAUUAUGUAGUGACUGUUAUCAUUUAUGUAGCAAACCUGAAACACGUACUCAAACAUGUAUCAAUCCGAAGUGCACAACGUCGUUUCGACCACGUCGAGCGACAGAAAUAAUUGAGAUCGUUCGUUUUGACGUUAGGACUCAAAUUCAGUCGAUCAUGCAUCGAAAUGCUACGUUUAUCAACAAACCGCAAUAUUUUCCACCUAGUGAUAUUUGUUUCGGUCAACAAUACCAACAAAUGGCUGGUAUAAAACACAAUAAAAUUACUUUAAUUUUACAUUCAGAUGGUGCACCAAUUGUUCAUUCAUCAAAAAAAUCGAUUUGGCCCUGUUUCGCAUCCAUUACUGAAAUUCCUCCACCAAUGAGAGAAUUUCAAUCAAAUAUAAUUACUUUGGCACUUUGGUUAUCAAAGAAAAAGCCAAACGUUAACAUUUUUCUAGAUGAAACUAUCAAUGAUCUUUCCUUAUUAAUUCGAAAUGGUACGUCAAUUUUUAUUGAUAAUGAAGAAUACAAAAUUCAACUUGAUACACAAUUCUUUAUUGCGGAUUUACCAGCCAAGUCGGUAUUUUGUUGUACAACGUAUUUCAAUGGUUAUUCUGCAUGUACUUUUUGUUGUAGCAGAGGUAUUUGGAGCUCAACUUAUAAUAAAGUACUUUAUCCAUACAAAAAUAAUAAUCUUACUGCUCGAACUCAUGAUAGUUACAUCAAAGCAGCUGAAGAAGCUAUCCUGAAAUCAAAUAGAGGCAAAGAAGUAGCUGUUGAUGGUAUUAAAAAUUUUUCAUCUCUUCUUCGAAUAUUCAAGUACCCUACACAAAUAAUUUAUGAUUUUAUGCAUCUAGUGUGCCUUGGUCAUAUUCCAUAUUUAAUUAAUCGAUGGUGUUCUUUCUUAGAUAAAAAAUCAAUUUUAGAUAUCGACAAGAAACUUCAAGAUUUAUGUAUUCCACAUAACAUGAAAGUUAUAUUUUUAGAAUCUAUCACAAUGGCAUCUCAUUGGAAGGCAAAAAAUUCUCGUCUAUUUGUUUUACAUGUUGGAGUUCCUGUAAUGCUUAAUAAAUUACCGAACCUUCUUUUUUCUCAUUUUGUGAUAUAUUCGUUAGCCAUUAAACUUUUAUAUGCACCUGAUACAAAAGAUGAUAUUAUAUUUGCUGAACGUCUGAUUGAUUAUUAUUGUCGAACAGCUUCAAUGGUUCAUGAUACAUCUAUCGAAAUUUUUUCUUUGCAUGCGCAUCUUCAUUUAGCAUAUCAAGUUCGUCUACAUGGUGGUCUGGCACAUACAUCUGCAUUUGUAUUUGAAUCAGUAAUUAAAUAUAUUAAAAAAAAAGCUCAUGGUAGUUUCAAUCUCGCUUCUCAAAUCGCAUAUUGGAUUAACAUACGUCAUGCAGUAAAUUCAAACAAGUAUAAAUUACCACAAGAUUGUCUCAUAAAUAUUAUGAUGAAUGAAAACAAUCUUUAUAGUAGAAAUUAUACGUCAAAACGUAAAACAAUUGAACAUAAUGAAACGUAUCAUGUCAUCAUAUUUCCAUGUGAUAAUUCAUUUUCAGUUGUAAAAGCAAAGCAAUGUGCUCCUGCUGAACAAGAUGGUUUUGUUAUGGUUCAUUCUGGUGGUAAAAAAUAUAUGGGUUUUAUAUUUGAAACAGGUAGUUUUCAAAUAUGCAGUAAAGCUGCUGAUCUUCUUUCACAAAAACAACAUGAUGCUAUAGAGAGUGAUUAUGAAAGAGGAAAUGAAAAUACUUUAUCAAAUGAUAUCAAUUCUAAUGUAUCAGACGUACCAUUUUCAAUCGAUGUUAUUACAAAUGAAUCUAAUGAACGUUCUCCUCGGCAUACGAUUUCUGAUUCAACAAAUGUGAAUCAUGCUGUAACACCAAUUCGAGGGAAGGCUGGUGGUGGUUGGCAACGAACUCGUAAUGAGUAUUGUGGAGUAGCUGGUGGUGAUAUAAAUGUAGCAUUGACAACUACUUCAUCUCGUUAUUGCACUAAUUCAACACCUAUAUCAUCCUCAAAAAAUGAUAAUGAUUUAAUUUUGAUACCAGGAACACCAACAUCACAUUCAAUUCCAAGCACUACUGUACGUAAAAGACCAAUUGCAGAUUCGGUUUCUUCAUCACGAAAGAAAAAGAAGAAAAAACGCGAAAAUAUACAAGAAGAUGAUAAUAUAUCAUCAUGUGAUGCUGAAUCUGAUGAAGAUAACAUUAUACAUUCAAUUGAUUCGAUAAAAACUCCUACAUUUCAUGGUCGUCGGUUAAAUAAUGCUUCUACUAUUGAUUCUACACCCGACAAGCCUAUGAAUAAAGACAGUUUUUUUCAAUACAUAGAGACAAAAUAUUUGACACAAUUGUUAAUCGGUCAAGAACGAUUAGAAGCGAGGAUCAAAUCUAUAUACAAGAAUCAAAUAAAAAUUCAAAAAGCGUUAAAUAAAAGACAAAUACAUAUUUCACUUGAAGAACCAGGUAAUGUUGGUGUUGAUGAUGCUGAUUUUCCUUCAUCUGUAAUUUUUAAAUUAACUGAAGAUGAACCUGGUGUCGACUUAUUGAAUGUUCAUGGGACAAAAGAAAAAGCAAAUCUUUAUGUAACGACAUUAAUACAAUUGAUGUACACUAUAGAAGAACUAGCUGCAUUAGCACCAGCAGAUACGUACAAUGACAAGAGAUAUAUGCUGAUCAAAGAAGCUGUUCGUGUUAAGUUUAAACUUAAUGAAGAACAAUUAGAACAGAUGUUCAAUGAAUGGCUACGUGAAGUUUUUCUAGCAAAAAGACGAGUAGCUGUUGCAAAAUUGAAAAAUGAAAAACAAUAA